GCGCCUGGAAACUUGUUCUCGUACCGCGGUCAUUGCCCGCGCAGCCUCUCAGUUUGUGCAGUAUAUUCGCUUAGCGUCUUAAGUUAUGGCUAGGACUCGUCGCCGCUCUAGUAGAGGUGCCAUAAACGAGUCCCAGGAGGGGAAUACAAAUGAGGAAAACUCGGAGACAACGCCCCCUGACUCUCAAGGCGCAGCAGACACGGAACCCGAACAUAGGGACGAGGACAAGUGCCCUGCUUGUAAAGAAGAAACGCUGAAGGAUUGGAACGAAGAGGACAAGGAGAGUUGGGUCAGGUGUGACGCGUGUAAGACGUGGUUCCACUGGAGGUGUGUGGGAGAAGGCGAUCUGGAGGCAAUCGGAAAAUGGUUCUGUCAACCUUGUCGCGACACAGAUCCAAAGCGUGUAAUUACGUCAAAGCCUCCUGCACGCAAGUCUGCUCGGAAGCGUGCCCAGAGGGAUUAUGCUGGGCUGCAGAACAACGGUGUCGAGCAAGAUGCUAACAGAUGGCUGCGCAUGAUGAAGGGUAAGACUAUCAAGCCAGACCCAUUCAAGCGCAUGCACGGGAAUGAAGUCACAAUUGAUUGGCUCGAGAACGAUCCGUCUGCCAUGCGCGAACCUAUCGUCAUUGAAGAGCCCGAUGGUUUAGGGAUGAAGAUGCCAGAGGAUAUCACCGUUACCGAGAUCGCAGAGAUACUGGGGCCAAGUGCACCGGUGGAGGUCAUAGACGUCGCCUCUCAGUCGAAUGUACCGGGUUGGACCCUGGGCAAAUGGGCAGAGUACUACGAGGCGGAGCCUGCUAAGCGGGACAAGAUUCGCAACGUGAUUUCGCUGGAGAUAUCGGGGACCGAACUUGCGGACAGGGUUUUACCUCCUCGGCUUGUGCGGGAGACCGAUUGGGUCGAGAAAUUCUGGCCAAAUAUCAAGAAGGGGCGGGGGCAUUCGUACCCAAAGGUUCAGCUAUACUGUUUAAUGGGGGUAGCGGAUGCCUGGACAGACUGGCACAUUGACUUUGCAGGCUCGUCAGUAUAUUACCAUAUCGUGCGCGGCUCGAAGGUUUUCUACUUCAUUCGCCCUACUCCUGCAAAUUUGGCAGCUUACGAACGAUGGUCAGGCACCGAAAUGCAGAACCACUCUUGGCUUGGAGACUUAUGCGACGAGGUCUUCAGAGUGGAGUUGCAUGAGGGCAAUACUAUGAUUAUACCAACAGGGUGGAUCCACGCUGUGUAUACCCCCGUUGAUACCUUGGUUUUCGGCGGCAACUUCCUGCAUUCGUACAAUAUAUCCACUCAGCUUAAAGUUCGCGAGAUUGAGAUAGUUACGCACGUUCCCAAGAAGUUUCGCUUCCCGCAUUUCGUCAAGCUCUGCUGGUACGCUGCAGAGAGGUACCUACGCGACCUCAAGGCGAAGGAAGAUUUUUCUCCCCGAGUGCUGGAGUCUAUCGAGACCCUAGCUGACUUUUUGGUCGCAGAGGCGCGAACGAUGGAGCGAGGUGCUGAGUCUGCGAAGAAGAUAGCGAAAGACGAAGUGCCCGGUGACCGUAUCAAGGAUGCCCCUGCAGUUGCGAGGGAAUUGCGAUGGCGCGUCAGGCUAGCGAACGGCUAUGCAAGUGACGAGGAUUCAAAGAGCAGGCGAAAGCUUGCCAACGGCGCAGCGAACGGCAGUGGGAGCAAUGGAGCGAGCAAGAAGAGAAAGCGGACUGAGGAAGAGCAUGAUAUUGAAGAGGCACCUCCAACGUUCCUGCACUUCAAACCACGGAAGUGGGAUAAUAUCGUUGCUUAUCCGUCAGAAAAGGAGCGCAAGACAGUGAACGCAAAGAGGCCGGAGGCUGACGACGAGGGAUGGACGGACAUGUGGACCCCGCCGAACGAUGUGAAUCGGACGAUAGAGGGCGAGGCUAUCGUGGACAGGCGGAAGGACGUGGUUGUAAAAGUUCGGCAUACUGCGAAGGGAAUGGAACGGCAGCGAGUCGAGAGGAUACUGGAGGAGUGGGUUUGGGGCGACAAGGCCGAAAAGGCGAACGCGUCUGAAACGUCCGUCGUUGUGGACACAACUGCACCUGUGGUCUCGGGCAGCAUCCCUGCAGCCGAGGGCGUGAAUAGGCACACGACUACCGAGGACGUGAAGAUGGAAGAGAACGGCGGAGCACAUUGAGCGCUGCACGGCAGUUUAUUUUGUUUGUAGCUAGUAUUUAUCCGUAUCGUGUAUUGCUGGUUGGGUUUGUUCCCAUCGUUGGAGGCUGUUGCAACGUGUGCAU